AUUGUUCUAUGCUGUAAUCAAGAUAUUGUAUCUUUAUAGGUCAUGACUCGACAUGAUGAAAGACAUUAUCUAUAUUCUAUAGCUGUAUUAUAACCACGAUUAAAGACAUAAUAUUAUAAUAUCUUUAAUCGUGAUUAUAACUUAAAAGUUUGUGUUUAAUACUGGCCUAGAAUAUACUGGUCUAAUGAUAUAUAUAUAUAGAUUUUGUAAUUGGGAAUUUCCGACUCAUAAGAUUACGAUUUUUGUACGAUAGCUCAUACUGCUCAUAGAAUAUAGAUAUUACUAUUAAACACCAGUACACCACUACAACACCAGUUAUGUUUAUAUUGUAGUAUGAACGUAUAAUAGUAUACUACGUAGUGUACCUUCUGCUUAAUGCCUUCUUUGUAUUUAGUAGUUACCUCGCUUACCUUACAGCUUUGAGCUUAUAGGUAGGUAAACCUACGUGUUUACCGUAUGUUUGUUGUUUACUAUAUAGUUAAAUUCGUAAACUUAUGUUAUAGACUAUUGUUAAUAGUUAACUCGCCAUGUUAUAUUAAAGUUAAAUCUAUAAAAGUGUUCAAUCAUAAUAUUCUAUAGUUAAUAUUUAUUUUACCUACCAUCGAAAUUCAAUUAAAAUGGGAACGUCAAUGUUAAAAUAUUUUAUUGAAAUCAUUAAUAAUCUUGAUUCAAUUGUACUCAUAAAACGUGAUCAACAAAUUAAUGAGAGAAGAAAUAUCAAAGAUGCUGUUGAUACUUUUAUGGAAAUUGACGAAAGAAAAAAUGGAAAUGCGGUGCCAAGUAAUGAAGCAUAUGAACUUGCAACAUCCAUGAUGUAUUCAGAAUGGAUGCUUGAAACACCUGAAGACAUUGAUAACUGGAUUGCAGUGUUAUGUCCAGAAGGAAAACGAUGUUGUGUUAUUGCUCAAGAUAACAAAACAAAAACAGUUAACAAAUUUGGAACUACACUCAAUAGUUUUCCGUCAUUAUUUCCUUAUGGAUGUCGUAUAUCAAAUAACUGUCCAUCUCAUCGCAAACGUACAGUAUUAGACUGUGUGUAUAGUUUCAAGUUAAAGAAAUAUUAUGUUUUGGACAUUAUUGAGUGGAUGGGUGUGCCAUACAGGGAUUUUGAUGCUGAAUUCAGAUUUUACUUUAUACAGAGUAAACUUAGUGAAAUACCUGGUAUCAAUGAAAAAUCAACAACAAAUUUUUACCCAUUUGAACUCGCUCCACGAAUGGCUACUAGAUAUUUGUAUCAGCAUCUUUUGGAAAAAUGUCAAUUUUUCCCUGAUAGUAUUGAAUUAGAUGGUAUUAACUUUUACUAUCCAGAAAGUUUGUACACCUCAGGCGAAACACCAUUAGUACUUUGGCUGAAACCGUUCAUGAUACCCGAUGUCUUACAAAAGCCAGUCAAUGAUCAUUUAGUACAAUUACAUAAACCGCCUAAUUAUGUUAAUGUAUUUGAGUACAGUCAAAGUUUAAAAAAGAAAAAUAGAAAAUUUAAGAAGAAGAAGAAUUCUACUUCUAAUUGUGAUAAAAUGGAAGUAGAAAGUUUGGUUGAGGUAGAAAUGGAUAAAGAUCCUGUCGUUGAAAAUGAAAUUUGUAUGGAGAACUAACAUUAAUAUUCCAACCAAUAUAAUGUGAUAUUAUGCAUGUUUAAGAAUUGUUAUUAAUUUAUUAUUAAAAUUAAACGAAUAAUAAUAUUAAAAAAAAACUAUUAAUUGUUUUAA